AUGAGACUGCUGCAAAGGCACUCGUUGUUGAAUACCCUGUCCUUAGAGACACAAUUGGUACUGGUUGGACAACAAGCAUCCCAUGUGAUGACCAUGAUGAAGAUGUUUUAAUGGGACACUUGGAAUUCAUGUCCAAAGAGAUCUCGAGGCGUGCUCCGGACCUCCAGAAAUUGAGCGAAUCAAUGAAACAGACACGUUCUUCGAGGAGGUCGUGGAUGAAAGAUACACUGCCAACAACAGCUGAGAUACUUGAAAAGUAUCCCGCUUUAGGAAAUGUUGAGAUGCUUCAUGAAGAAUUUACAGCAAUAACAGGCAUCAAGAUGGAAAAAAAGCUGUUGGAAUUUUUCAACAACUUUGGACCCAGGAUUCUGGAGCUACUAAAAACUCGCCAUUCAACAAAGGACCUGGUGAAGCAGCUCGAGGAGGAGCUUGAAGAACUGGAAGGCGAUGGCCGUAAAUAUCGAUUUGCAGUUGCCUUAAUAGAACUCCUCCCACUGCUGCUGAAAGAGAAGCCGAAAUUUCUGAGGGGCCCUGACAUCUACCCUGCUCUUCGUUUUGAAGGAACAAGUAUCAGAGAGGCCGAAGAAAUGACCGUAGUGUUUGAGGCGUUCAACAUUCAUGUCGUCGAUGUUAUAGCCGGCAUGACGGCUAUCAUGGAACUGUAUUGGGUACUAGAUAUCAUGUACUCGGAGAGUAACAAAAACACCUUAACGCUCCUCGAGUACUUUUGUGGACUACCAAGUGUGCCCAGAGCACCACUACUUUUAAGGACGAUUUCGUCGAUCAAGAGUUGAUCUGACAGCAAUGUGCAAUAAGCAGAACUGAUAUAAUAAAGAUUGAAGUGUGUGGAUCA